CCUCCCGCUGGCCCUUCCGCCUCGGAUCCCCAGAAAACCACCGCGCACUUCUUUACACCGCGCCCCCCGCCUUCCAUCCCUGCGCGCGCGCGCGCACGACGCAGCUUCCCGGCAAUGUGCUCGCCCACGCCACCAGGCGUCGUCGUCACGUCCUUGCGCGUCAACGCCCCGGCCCCACGCAGCUGAACGCGUCCCCUCCGGGCUCCGGCCCGCGUGAAUAUAUACGCGGCCCUUUCCCCCGGCAGGGGUUGGUGGAACAAAGGGGAGGAACUCCGAGCUGGUCGAAUCCCGCGGCGGAGAUGGAGAGCUACCUCAAGGAGAACUUCGGGGGCGUGCAGGCCAAGCACUCGUCGGAGGAGGCGCUGGGGAGAUGGCGCAAGGUCGUCGGCGUCGUCAAGAACCCCAAGCGCCGCUUCCGCUUCACGGCCAACCUCGACAAGCGCAGCGAGGUCACCGCCAUGAAGCGCAAGAACCAUGAGAAGCUGCGUGUUGCCGUGCUUGUUUCAAAGGCUGCACUUCAGUUCGUUCACAGCAUUACUCCAUCGGGUGAGUACAAGGUCCCUGCCGAUGUCAAGGAGGCGGGUUUCGGCAUCUGUGCCGAGGAGCUGAGCUCGAUAGUCGAGGGUCAUGACCUCAAGAAGCUGAAAUCACAUGGUGGCGUCGAGAGCCUCGCGUCCAAGCUGUCCACCUCAGAGUCCGAUGGCCUCGCCACGUCUGCGGACAAGCUGGCAAAACGUCAGGACCUGUUCGGCGUCAACAAGUUUGCCGAGGCAGAGUCCCGCGGCUUCUGGGUUUUCGUCUGGGAGGCACUCCAGGACAUGACGCUCAUGAUCCUCGCCGCGUGCGCAUUCUUCUCGCUCAUCGUCGGCAUCGCCACAGAGGGAUGGCCCAAGGGCGCCCACGACGGUCUCGGCAUUGUGGCCAGUAUCCUGCUUGUCGUCUUCGUCACAGCUUCAAGUGACUACCGCCAGUCCCUGCAGUUCAAGGACCUCGACAAGGAGAAGAAGAAGAUCACGGUGCAAGUCACCCGGAGUGGGUACAGGCAGAAGCUCUCAAUAUAUGAUCUUCUCGCUGGUGACAUCGUCCACCUCUCCAUUGGUGAUCAGGUGCCGGCUGACGGGCUGUUCUUGUCAGGCUUCUCGCUUCUGAUCAACGAGUCAAGCUUGACUGGAGAGAGCGAGCCGGUUGCUGUCAAUGCUGAGAACCCUUUCCUUCUGUCGGGGACGAAGGUGCAGGACGGUUCUUGCAAGAUGCUCGUCACGACAGUUGGCAUGAGGACACAGUGGGGGAAGCUGAUGGCAACUCUCAGCGAAGGUGGUGAUGAUGAGACGCCAUUGCAAGUCAAGCUGAACGGUGUGGCUACCAUCAUCGGUAAAAUCGGCCUUAUCUUUGCAGUCGUCACAUUUGCGGUGCUCACCGAAAGCUUGUUCCGGCGCAAGAUAAAUGAUGGCACGUACUUGAGCUGGACUGGAGAUGACGCAUUGGAGCUGCUCGAGUUCUUUGCCAUUGCUGUCACCAUAGUCGUUGUUGCAGUACCUGAAGGGCUACCACUCGCCGUGACACUGAGCCUUGCAUUUGCAAUGAAGAAGAUGAUGAACGACAAGGCACUCGUCCGGCACCUUGCAGCCUGUGAGACCAUGGGCUCGGCGACUUCCAUCUGCAGUGACAAGACCGGCACGCUCACGACAAACCACAUGACUGUCGUCAAGGCCUGCAUCUGCGGCAAGAUUAAAGAAGUGGAUGGUGCCUCGGAUACCAAGAGCCUGUUCUCCGAACUGCCGGACUCUGUCAUGACGAUGCUCUCGCAGUCCAUAUUCAACAACACUGGCGGUGAUGUUGUCUUCAACCAGGAUGGCAAACGUGAAAUACUGGGCACACCAACUGAGACAGCGAUUCUGGAGUUCGGCCUGUCGCUUGGUGGAGACUUUUCGGCAGUACGCAAGGCUAGUACCCUUGUCAAGGUGGAGCCGUUCAACUCUGCAAAGAAGAGAAUGGGUGUGGUCAUCCAGCUCCCAGAGGGUGCACUGCGGGCGCACUGUAAAGGCGCAUCAGAGAUCAUACUGGCAUCGUGCAACAAGUACCUGAAUGAGGAAGGCAAUGUUGUCCCCCUGGAUAAAGCUACCAUAGAUCACUUGAAUGCAACAAUUGACAGCUUCGCAAAUGAGGCACUUCGCACCCUGUGCCUUGCAUACAUAGAAGUUCAGGAGGGGUUCUCAGCCAAUGAUCAGAUUCCGGCCGAUGGGUACACCUGCAUUGGCAUUGUGGGGAUCAAAGACCCUGUCCGCCCUGGAGUGAAGGAAUCAGUUGCCAUCUGCAGGUCGGCUGGUAUUACCGUCAGGAUGGUCACAGGUGACAACAUCAACACGGCGAAGGCAAUUGCCCGGGAAUGCGGUAUUUUAACUGAAGGUGGCAUUGCCAUAGAGGGCCCAGAUUUCAGAACCAAGAGUGAAGAAGAGCUCACUCAAUUGAUACCAAAGAUACAGGUGAUGGCAAGGUCUUCGCCAUUGGAUAAGCACACCCUUGUCAAGCAUCUUCGAACUAAGCUUGAAGAAGUUGUUGCGGUGACUGGCGAUGGGACAAAUGAUGCACCUGCACUACAUGAGGCUGAUAUUGGGCUUGCAAUGGGUAUUGCUGGAACUGAGGUGGCCAAAGAGAGUGCUGAUGUCAUUAUUCUUGAUGACAACUUCUCCACUAUUGUCACUGUUGCGAAAUGGGGGCGGUCAGUGUACAUCAACAUUCAGAAGUUUGUGCAGUUUCAGCUGACAGUAAACGUGGUUGCUCUUGUUGUAAACUUCUCUUCAGCUUGCCUGACAGGGAGUGCUCCUCUUACUGCUGUCCAAUUGCUCUGGGUCAACAUGAUCAUGGAUACACUUGGUGCACUGGCAUUGGCUACAGAACCCCCAAACAAUGAACUGAUGAAGAGAACACCUGUUGGAAGGAAAGGAAACUUCAUCAGUAACAUUAUGUGGAGGAACAUCUUGGGACAGUCCUUGUACCAGUUCCUUGUAAUUUGGUACCUACAGACAGAGGGGAAGUGGCUGUUUGGCAUCAAUGGUGAUAACUCCGAUCUAGUCUUGAACACACUUAUCUUCAAUUGCUUCGUGUUCUGCCAGGUAUUCAAUGAGGUGAGCUCCAGAGAGAUGGAAAAGAUAAACGUGUUUGAAGGCAUUCUAAACAACAACGUGUUCGUCGCGGUCCUCAGCAGCACUGUCAUCUUCCAGUUCAUCAUAAUACAGUUCCUUGGCGAUUUCGCAAACACUACCCCUCUCACAUUCAACCAGUGGAUCGCAUGCAUUUUCAUCGGUUUCAUAGGCAUGCCUAUCGCUGCUAUUGUCAAGAUGAUCCCAGUUGGUUCUUCGUAGGAAGCUAGAAGCUAACUUCUGCCAGAAACUGAACUUGGGUAGGACUUCAUUCUGAUCAUGGCAAUGGAGUUUUGUACAUCUUCAUUGGCGUAUAAGAUGGAUGUUUCUGCCAUAAUGCUUCUAUUUAGGUGAAUCUUUGCCCUUGUUAUCCUGUAUUUGAUCUUAGAGCAUGGGCCAAGGUUGUGGGCUUGAUUCUUAGAAAAUGCCUCGGACUCGUAGCUGUUCUUUGCUUUGUUUUUUUUCCCUGGUGUUUUUCCCCUGGAACAGAGGCUGGAACUGUAUAUUAUUGCUCACCGCAAUGUGCUUAUUUGACACCUACCAUUUUGCUUAACCUGGUAUCCAGUCAGGAAGUUCCAGAAAUGGGUGGGGUUUUAAUGUUUCUGAUUUGCCAAGAAAAGGCCCCCCACUAGGUUCCAAGAUCUGAUAAGAAAGAUCACGAAUCAUGCAGGAUCCCUGUAAAUCUUCUGCUCCUUGAUACUCCUAUAAAAUCCAGCAGGCCUCCUGCUUUUGAUAUAUUACAAAAAGAAAUACAGAGUCACAUUUAAGUUU